AUGAAUAUCAAUCAGAAUGUACAAACUGAAUUUAUUCCAGUUACUCUAUUAGAUCCAUUAUGUAUUCCUGCUCAAUCAGAUCGUUCUGCUAAAGUAUCUAUUCCUAUUUCAUCUAUUUGUUCACAAUUCAUCCCUCAUUAUCCAUUUUCUUUAUGUAAUACUGCAUUUGUUUCACAUAAAUUUCUUCAAUUUUGUAAUCAUUUAACUCAUGUCACCUUUUCUAAUACUUCACAUCGAUCACAUGUCGUUCCUCAAGGAACUCGUAUUGGAUAUCUAUGUCACUAUUCUAUUACUCAAUCUAAUACAAACAGUGCUAACCAUUUCCAUAAGUCAUGUGGUGUCACCAAUGAAUUUGGUGAAUUACCAGAUUUUCAUGCUUCCGCUACUAAUACGAAUACGGACAAUCACACUCAAGAUCGUCUGUAUUGUGCUACAAUUGACAAAAUACAUCCCUCAACUGAACGAGAUAUUUAUCAAUUAAUUAGUAAAAUAAACAUAAAACAACAUCGAGAUGAUCUUCUUAAACUUCUUUUUCGUUUUCAUAAAAUAUUUGAUACUACAAAACAUAAUACAGCUAAUACACCCAUCCAUCAUGUCAUUAACACUGUUCCACAUUCACCACCUGCUUGUAAACCGUACCCACAACCUGAUACAGUCGAGAUAAUGUAUAAUAUGAUACAAGAAUAUCUAAAAGCCGAACUCGUAACCGAAUCUCAUUCUCCAUAUGCGGCACCGGCGUUCCUAGUUAAAAAACAUGACGGUACAUAUCGUUUUGUAGUUGACUAUAAGAAGUUAAAUCUAAUCACCAUUAAAGAUUCGUCACCUUUACCGAACAUGGAAGACACUAUAAGAAAGCUAGGAGAAGGUUAUAGAUAUUUUUCUAAAUUGGAUCUUAAAUCUGGAUUCUAUCAAAUUCCUAUCAGAGAAGCUGAUAAAGAAAAAACUGCCUUUACUACUCCAUUCGGUCUUUAUCAAUUUAAUGUUCUUCCAAUGGGACUUAAAAAUUCCCCACCUACCUUUCAGAAGGCGCAAGCAUUUAAACAACUUAAACAAAUGUUAACAUCUACACCACUUUUUCUACAUUAUCCCAUACCUGAUAAACCUUUAAUUCUGACAACAGAUGCUAGUGGAAUUGGUAUAGGAGGAGUUCUACAACAAGAAGUCGAUGGACAUUUACAUAAUUUGUAUUAUCAUUCUCAAUUAUUAACAUCUUGUGAAAGAAAGUAUAGUACCAUAGAAAAAGAAGCACUCGCCAUAUAUAAAUGUUUUGUUCGUAUGAGACCAUUACUGUUAGGCCGACAAAUUACGAUAAUGACUGACCAUUGUCCAUUAUGUCAUAUAAUGACUAAAACAGUUAAUAAUGUAAGAGUAGACCGAAUUGCAACGUUAAUCCAAGAGUAUAAUAUUGAUAAAGUAGUUCACAUUAAUGGUCAUCGAAAUUGUUUACCUGACUAUUUAUCUCGAUAUCCCCAUGAACCAAAUGAUGACCUAUUUGACAUUGAAUAUGGACUUAACAGUAAAAAGGAAUCUAUACCAAUAACAUCUCCCACAAAUACUCUUAUUGCUAGUAUGGUCUUGCGACCACGUAACAAUAAAGAUGUGUGGGAAAAGUCUUCUCUAUCCGAUGACGAUAAGAAUAUAUUUAAUCAGAAUCUUACAUCUCAUCCUAAUACACAAGAUCAAUUAGUAAAUACUCACAUUACUUCCACCUUUUCCACUAAUAAUUUUGACAUUAUGAAGUUGAAAGGUGAACAACAGAAAGAUCCACUAGUACAGAAAUACAUAACACAAUUACGCGCAAAUCUACCGAAUACGUCAUUUAUUAUAAAGAAUGACAUUCUUUAUAAAUUAAUCAUUCCCUCUCGAUUAUCAAAAACAAAAAUUGAAGUAAUUUUUCUCCCAAGAUCCAUGGUUACCACCCUUCUUCAAGCCUGUCAUGAUGAUCCUAUGUCGGGAGGACACUUUUCAAUUGAUCGUACGUAUAGUAAGUUGAGAAAACAUUAUUGGUGGCCUAAUAUGAAAUAUUCUAUCAAACAGUAUAUAAAGUCUUGCCUUUUAUGUCAACAAUAUAAUGUCAGUCGCCAGAAAAAACCUGGACGACUUCGUUCAAUUGCACCUCCGGAAGGUCCUUUUCAAGUCAUCGGCAUAGAUUAUUGUGGUCCUCUUAAAAGAUCACCACGAGAAAAUCGUUAUGUGUUAAUAAUAACUGACUAUUUUACUCGACAUGUCGUAGCUAUUCCCUUACCUAAUUGUUCGGCGGAAAAAACUGCUGAAGCCAUAUUCAACGAAUAUUUUUGUAGAUUUGGUGUUCCUUGCUUAAUUAUCAGUGAUCAAGGAUCUCAUUUUCGUAACCAAUUAAUGUCUAAUAUGCACUUGUUAAUUGGAUAUAAUCAUAUCUUUAGCACUGCCUACCAUCCACAGACCAAUGGAAUCGUUGAAAGAUUUAACAGUACAUUUAUUUCUCAAAUUUCUAAAUUGCACGAUUCCGAAAGUAACAACUGGGAUGAAUACUUACAAGCAGUUGUCUUUGCUUAUAAUUCUGGAGUUCAUAAAACAACUAAAUAUUCACCCUAUGAGUUACUGUAUGGACGCCCUCCUCGUCUUCCUUUUUAUUCAAAACCAUCUCAUUUUUCUUUUCGACAACCAAAUGACUACUUCGAACAGCUAAAAAAGACAUUAAAAAUUUAUCAUCAGUCAACCAGAUUCAAUAUAAUACAACAGCAAGCUCGAAAUAAAGCAUAUUAUGAUCGAAAUCGUAAAGAUCCCUUUUAUAAUAUCGGUGAUAGAGUUCUCACACGAGUUCAUGGUGUAAAAGGAAAACUUGAUCCUAUAUUUUCUCUAACCCCAAAAGUCAUCAUUCACACACAUCAUCCAAUUUACAUUGUUCGCGAUGAACAAACAAACAUAGAAUCACGAGUUCAUGUCAGUGACUUACGACACAUAAUUGUCAAUUAAUCAUCUCUUUCAAUAUAUUUUUUUUUCAAUUAUAGCAAAAGCAUUGAUACGAUAUUCAAAAAAAAAAAAAAUGAAUUAGAUCGAAUGAUUGAUUAAUUAUUUGAAUAUACUCUGACUUUAUUCGUCUUCUUUAUUUCCUCAUCUUAUAAACCUAUUAUUAACUAGGUUUAGUGAGUUCCCUUCAUCAAUACUCCUACCUUUAGCGGAUUCUCGUCACCGCCUCCAAUUUGCUUGGAUGGCAGGAGUCUUUACAGAGCGUGCGAGACUCAUCUAUCUUCCUCUUUGUUAUCAAUCACAUAUCCUUUUCUCUCCACAUUAUUCACCUUUCAUAAUCUAUAUUCAAUCUUUCACCUUGUUUUUUUUUCCCGCUACUUAAUUUGAUUAUAGGUCACUGUCAGUUUUCCUCUCAUAGUUCCUUUUUUGGAAAAAUGAACAACUUAGAGUAUAACUAUCUUACAUUUAGGUCUAUUGUUUUUUACUUUCCAUUCCAAGUACUUUAUUCCAUUCAAAAAAAAAAAAAUUAAAAAUUAAAAAAUUAAAAUGGCCACUUCUCAAUUAUCUCCAGCUACACCUAUGUACUUUAUCCUCACAGAUAGUCAUGGUAAAUAUGUUACACCGACCAUUACCACAUCAUCUUAUUCAAUAAUAGUCAAAGCCAUUUCUGGCCUGAAAUGGAUAGAUAAGUAUAACUCUAAAUUAUCAGUUUUAGCUUUAUUAUCCACAACCAUUUUUGAUUCAUAUCUUUCAUCAGCAAAAGCUAUAAUGUUACUAGUAGGAACUAAUUCGAUUCGCUGUAUUUCAGCUUCAACAAUUAUUAUCCAAAUCAUCACUGUCAUCAAUUUUCUACGUUCACACUAUACUCAUUUGUUGGAUAAACACAGUAUCAAUAUCGUACCCUGUUUUCCUUGUUUUAAACCAUUCUAUCCCCUUAAUACAUAUCAUUCUUUAUUAGAUAAUAUUACUCAAUAUAACAAUUUAUUAUUUGAUUUAUCUAUUACUCUAAAUUUCACAGUAGUCGAUUUUCAUGUUAUGGAUUAUCAUAUAGGGGUUGAUCGAAUGCAUCUUGAUUUCAAAUACUCUACUCUCGUACAAAACUCUAUUGUUGAUUAUUUUCAAUAUUUAACAUCCAUAGUAAUCGUAUUACCUGUUAAACCUAUGGGUCGAUCAAGAGAAGCAAAAGCUCGUCGUAACAAACGACGACAUAUCAAGCUUUUCCUCAAACAACAACAAUAUUUUUUAACUCGUCCCAUUGAAUCGUCAUGGUCUUUAAAAUCGAUCAAAAUAUAUUUACAUGAUCAAAAAAUCAAAUUCGCUAAAAUACCCUCUAUUUAUCGAAAAACUCUUCGUAUUCAGUUUAAUAACUCGGUCGACCUUCAAAUAGCAGAAGCAACUCUACCUCAAGAUGCCUUUUUCCAAUAAUCCUAUUAUUAAAAAUUAAUAUGAAGACAGUAUCUUUUCUUUUGUUUUUUGCUAUUCUAGUGUGGGAGUAUAUGUAGUUCUUCUUAUAAUGUGGUAUCUUCUCUGAUAUAUUCCUUCAUUUUGUCCUUUGAUUAAAGUGGAGCAAGUCCAGGCCGACACAAUUUGCGGGCAGGAGAAUUUAACUGUUCACUUUUUUUCAAAAGACAAAAGAUCAUAAUUUGAAAAAAUUUUUUUCUCUCUCUCUGUUUAUUCUAUACAUUAUCUUCAUUUAUACAUCCUCCUUCCCUACCUUUUCUUCCGGUUAAAGUGUUUCAUGUCCAUGCCGACAUAAUUUGCAGGCAGGAGAGCUUGAAAGAUUACGUUUCCGCAAGAUAAAGGUCAAACUAUAUAAACCUUAUUAUUAUUUUUUUUUGCUUUGUCCCGUGUUGUUUUCUUUUGCUCUUUUUCUCUUCUUUAACCUCAUCUUUGGGUGUAAGUAAUUUUACUUUCGUUCUAGCCGACACUCAGGUGCAGGCAGGAGAUUCGAAAGUUCUUAUUUUUGCCCAAACGGUGAAGGUGUUAGCGUCAACAGUUGUUACAUUGUUGUCGCUAACCUUUUUUCGU